CCCACCCGCCCGGCUCGGCUUCGCUGAAUGGGACCCAGUCAGACAGAGGAGCCGAUCCCAGCCCAGCGCCUGCGGCAGCGUCUCUAGCCUGAGUGUCGCUGAGAGACAAUGGAGCCUGUGGACAUUGGCAGCCAAGUGCCACUGCAGCAACAGUACCGUAUUGGUGGCGGUGGACACCAGAGGAGUGGAUGGUGGCCAGAACCUCCUUGUAACUGCAAGAGACGCACUGUCACCCUCACAGUCGCCCUCACAAUCGUGUUCUUAGGUCUCAUCAUCGCUGUUAUUGUCCUGGCAGUGUUGCCAUCUAGGCGUCCUCCAGCUGCCCUGGACCCCUGCUGCCCGGACGGCUGGGUCGGAUACCGAGGGAAAUGCUACUAUUUCUCCGAGGCCGAAGAGAACUGGAACAACAGCCAGAGCAACUGCUCCUCUCUUGGUGCCUCCCUGGCUGCGAUCGACACCCUGCAGGACCUGGAUUUCCUGCUGCGCUAUAAAGACAAACCCGACCACUGGAUCGGCCUCCGGAGGGACCUGGGACAGCCCUGGAAAUGGGCCAAUGGCACCGAAUUCAACCACCUGUUUGUGAUAAGAGCAGAUGGUGACUGCGCGUAUCUGAAUGACGAGAAUUGGGUCAGCAGCUCACUGUGCACCAGUGAGAGAUACUGGAUCUGCAGCAAACCUGAUGCGUUUACAAAGGCAAAGAAGGCGGCAGUGGAAGGGGGCUCAUAAUAAUAGUUUAUCAAAAUUAGCCCUGGAAAAGCCUGUUCACCCCCUUCCAGGAGCUCAUUGGGUUGGAAGGGGCAGGGAGGGGGUAGGUGUGACACUGGCAGACCAGGUACCAGCUCAUGCCAAAGGCCCCAUGUCUCAGUAGGACACUGACAAAUCCCCAGCUGGGGUCAGGCUGGCUCACCUGUGUGUUAAAAUAGGUAUUAGCAUUAUAAGCAUGUGCUUAGACUUUAGUGAAUGGGUGUGAGCUGCUGCAGCAUUAAUCCCGCUUCUGACAGUCGCAUCCCACAUCGUAAGGUGAUAUUGGAGCAUUUGUGUUGAGAGCCUCUGUGGCUGUGAAAAUCACCAGACAGGAGAGUGAAUUAACUAGUGCGAAGUGCUGAACUCCCAACAGCUCGGAGCACAAAGGAGGAGGUGGGAUACCACAAGGGACUGUAUCUCUCUCGGUGCUGCUUGGACGCUGGGGGGCAAGGCUUUCGGAGUAUAUGCAAGAGAUCCCCAGCUGCUGAGCCUGGGUUAGCCCUAAAGGACACAGAGCUUAGUAUAGACCAGUGAUACUCAGACUGCAGCUCACAAAUGGCCCUUUAUGUGUCUCCUGUGUCUUUAUAGCACAUGAUAUUAAAACACUGGAUGAUUUAAUUAUUAACCAAUCAGGAUGCUUUUACUAUGUUAAGGGUUAACUUAUCAACUUGCACUAUGUUAACUUAUCUGCUUUGGGAAUAAUUUAUAUAUAUAACUAAAUAUUUCCCCUAUCACACUGUUUAAAUAGGGAUUGCAGUAUAGCAAAUGAAACAAUGGAUUCACACUCCUGUGGCUCUUUUGGGUAAUGUUGAUUGCUAAUUUGGCUCCUAAAUGACUGAGCUCCGAGUAUCCGUGCUAUAGAUGCUUCUGUUACCUUUUGAAAAUUAAGAUUUUUAACCUAUUUGUGUUUACAUGCUUACCUGCUUUAACUUUAUAAAUAACAGCUUUUCUUUUUAAUGAAUUGUCAUAUAAUAUUGGCUACAAGGGCUGUCUUGGUGUGAGAUCUAAGGAGCAAUUGACCUGGGGAUAAGUGACUGGACCUUUGGAUCUGGGGGUAAUCUGAAUAUUGCUGUGAUUCUGUGUGUAAAGGAUCUUCUAUCACACAGGCAGGCUCAGCUGGGUGGCGAGACAGACCGGAGUCCCCCAGGGGCCUGUCUGUGACUCUGUUAAGCUGUUACGGUGCCGGAGGAGUUUACACUGGAUGGUUGGUUGGUGAAAUCAGAGUCUAGAACUCUCAGCCAGUUUGGGGUUUGUGCCUGGUUCCCAGCAGUCUGCCCAGAGGUUGGCACUCACCCUCUCAACACACUGUGGACAGCAUCAGAGCAGGGCCUUGGUUCCUGUUCCCCUGCUUACAGGACAGGAGCUGAGCCAGCCCAGAGAGGGGGUUUGGGGGCAAGGUGUAUGUGACCCAGGGACCCCUUGGUGCCAACUGGCAGAGGGUGCAGGCAGUUUACAGGGAUCCUUUGGUGCUGAUCGCUACAUAAUAAUCCACCGAAGGGGGCAUAUGAGGUCUGUACCAAGAGCCAGUAGCUCACUGGUUGUCAUAGUCAGUGUGAGAUGUCUGCAUGGAUACUAUGUAAGGAGCUGUGUAUCUGUACUGAAAAUGUUUCCCUUAAGGUCUUGGCUUUAAGGCAGGUCACCAGGAGGCGAUGCACCUCAGAGAUAUUCUUGUCAGGCAGGCGAUAACUGAGGUUAUCUCCUUGUCUUACCAGCUGUGUAUUGGAUGCUAUUUGUGUACUGAGCCAGGUGCAAAGUGGGAGAUUGUUUCUUCCUGUGGAUUUUGCAAGGGUGUGUGUGUGUGUGUGUGUGUGUGUGUCCUAUUUAACAGUAAAGACAAAGGGUUGGUCUGGUCUAUCUUGGCGUGCAGACACACACUGGAUCCUUCCCCUCUGUGUAGAACUGAUGAAUGAAAUUGUUUUAAUUGUUCACUUUAUUAAUGUAACUUCAUAAGUAAAGUUUUAUGAAUAAAACAUUCAUAAAACUGGUUACCCCAACAACUGGCUAAUUGACAAUAAAAAAAAUGCUUGUUAAGAGCCAUAGCUGUUCAGUCAGCUGCCUUUGUAAGUUUCACUAUCAGUCCAGUUCCUGCUUAAAUCUGCUGAGACUUGCACUGUUUCAGUAUUGUAACUUCUGUUCACCAUUUAUUACACUUGCCUACAUUGUAACUUCUGUUUACUGUUUGCCAUAUUGUAAUUCAAACCCCAUUUUAAAACGUUCACUCCAUUUUGUAAAAGCUUCCUCCAACCUUCAUUUUUGCAAACCCUGCUGUAAUCUUAUUAGUUUAGAUGUGUGGCUGAGGUAUGUAUAGAUGAUGGAAUCAACCUCCAGCCCUAGCCUGUCCUGGUGAAAUAGAGUUCAAACCCCACGGGCUGAAGAUGCAGACAAGAGCCCUAGCAAAGUGAGAAGAGUCCAUCCUAAAAAGAAAAGGUCCAGUAAAAGGAAGAUCAAAGCCAGGUCAUAGGCUGAAAGUCAUGCCUGCAAUUGACGGGUGAUCAAUCACCAAACCCAGAGGCAGCGUGACACAGCGAGACCUAUAGACUCUGGAUUCAAACUAAAGCCUACAAAAAGGAUGGUUGAAAUGGGAGACUUUGGGGGGUAACAUUCUGCUUCCAACAUGGAAGGGCAUCGGUGCAGGCCCAACAGAGACCCAGCUCAUCCUUGUGCCCAGCUUUCCUGGCCAGUUAGCCGCCACAAGCUACGAACCCAAGCUGCAAAAUCAAGCCACUGA